AUGUCUGUGGAUACAGCUAUCGACAUACCCGGCGGACAGUCUGGUGUUUCCUCCCCUUCGUCGUCGUCGUCGUCCGCUCUUAGCAGCGACUCAGAAUCAUUACCCCCCGAUGUUAAUCAUCAAUCACAUAGUGUAUCAGACACGGCACCGCGUAUGGAAAAUCUCUCCAGUCAUGCUGCGGGCGGUACCGAGCAGGUACAUUAUGAUCACCAGGGAGUACCGGGACGUGAACAGCAACAAUUAUUACCAGCAUCGACGAGCAACCACGACACCCGCCCGCGGGAAAGGAAUGUUGUCAUCUUCGGCGAAAGCGGCUCAGGGAAAAGUUCAGUUGUCAAUGCAAUCGCGCAAAAACCACGGGCAAAGACAUCUGGUGAUGCAGCGGGAUGCACUUUCAGCUUUCAACGCUAUAGAGAGGAAAUUUCUGGCCAGAAUUUCGUCCUAUUCGAUACCGCGGGUCUCAAUGAGGGGACUGAAGGCACAGUGCCGGAGGCGGAUGCGGAAGAGGAAUUGAAGUACCUGCUACGCAAACUCGCGGAUUCAGAUGGCAUCGACCUUCUGGUGUACUGCGUGCGCAGCACGAGAGCUCGCCGCGUCCUUAUUCAAAACUACAACAUUUUUUACUCUGCGAUCUGCAGGAAGAAGGUCCCGAUCGUCAUUGUCAUCACAGGAUUGGAGAACGAAACAAAUAUGGAGGGGUGGUGGACUACCAAUGAGAAGGAACUCAAGAAUCGUGGCAUGCAUUUCGACGACCAUGCAUGCGUCACAACGCUUCCCAAACGCCGAGGGGUCCCGGAAGUCUUCGAUGAUCGUAUUGCAGAGUCCAGGGAAGCUCUGCGCACACUUAUUGUAAAAAAUUGCUCGGGAUGGGCGGUCGAGGACUCGAGCUGGCGCAAGCGGGCUUUCGCAGAAGUGCGAAACAUGAUCAUUGGUAGCUUGGGUAGCGAAACCUCGCCAUCCAUUCUCAUCAUCUGUGACCCGUCACAAAAAGAAGAGGUAGAGAUCGCACCUUCCAUCCGUGGUAUCGUGAAGCUUGCGUCCAUCGGCGGGGAGACAUACCAAGUUCACUGUGUUCCUCAACCCAAGUCAACUUCAAACGUCGAGGGAAGGCUCGAAGGGGAUCUUCUCAUAUAUUACACUCGCGCUGAUGGGCAUUCUACUGCUCGCGAGAAGUUCCGCACGUUCUCCAAAAAAUACGGCGGGAACAUAGUGCCAGUCAUCGUCGUAGUCAAAGGUCUAAAUGACGGAAAAUCUGCUGAUCGGUGGGUCGAGGAACAUAUCAUGUACGAUGGCGUCGGACAUCUAUACUCGACAUUUAUUCCAGUUGAAGACCUCGAAGAUGAUUCUGUGAAGCAACAGUCGGAGCGGGAGCUACAGGGUCUUAUUAGACAAUAUUGUCUCAUCCGAAACGAAGGGAAGGGGGAGGGAAAGUAUAGAAGAAUAUUGAAACGACUCUUUUGGUAG